CAAUAUUCAAAUCUUUCCAAUCUCUCAUUUAUUCUCCAUUAUUUCCAGCCUUACCUUGCCUACUUUCCAUUUUUAAAAACAGUUUGUUUAGCUUCGACAUCAGCCCUACAUAAUGAUUGCCCCUUCGGAACCUGUCCCAUCCUCCAACUCUGCUGCAGCCCUCACCCAAUUCUUUCCCGGUGCCGACUUCAAGGAGGCUUUCAAUGAGAAGGUGAUCUUGAUUGUGGGUGGUGCCAAUGGCAUUGGAGCUAGCCUUGUUGAGCUCUGUUGCCAAAGCGGCGCUCACGUCUGCAUUGGCGAUAUCGAUGUCGCCCAAGGAGAGGCCCUAAGCAAGAAAUGUCGAGACAAGUGGCCUGUCUACUGGGACCCGGCCCUUCCACCCAAGCCUCCCCGAACCUCCUUCUACACCGCCGACAUCACCGACUACCAGGCCGUCGUCUCCCUCUUUGACCGUGCAUUCAAGACCUACAAGCGUAUCGAUCAUGUGGUUGUCACAGCGGGCAGCAUGGAGGCGGGCAACAAUUGGUUUGACCAAAAGUUGAGUCUGGAGUCGGUGCAAGAGCCUCCUUCUAUGAAGGAUAUCGACGUCAACCUCAUCGGUUCACUCUAUGUGACCCGUAUUGCGAGUGUCUACCUCCGCCAUAACCGUGGGCCCGCAGUGGAUCGAUCCAUUUUGCUGUUCUCCUGCGCCGCGGGCUUCAAGGAGACACCGGGUGUGUCUAUCUACCAGGCCUCCAAGCACGGUGUGCAAGGCCUCAUGCGCUCUCUUCGCCCCUACUUCCCGUCGCCAUACAAACACAAUCUCCGCAUCAAUACCAUCUGCCCCUGGAUGACGGAGACCCGCACUACCCUUACAAAGACCGUGCACGACCGCUGGACCAAGGAAGGCUUGCCCGUGAGCACCCCUCAGGAGGUGGCUCUCGUCUCUGCUGGCGUGUUAGCGAACGACUCUCUAAAUGGGACAUCCAUGUACGUGGAAGGGGGCCGUGCGUGGGAGAUCGAAGCCAAUAUCGAUCGCUUAGAGCCGGAGUGGCUGGGAGAGGAACCGUCCAAAACGCUGGCGUUAGGACAGAAGGUACUUAAUGACGCAUGGGCUGCGUAGAGAGUCUACCAUGCUGAACCGGUUGCAUGUUGGAACAUGUGUUACCAAUUGAUACCCAUUAACGACCACGAGAAUGACUGAACUAUCCGAAUGGAAAAGUUAAAGAAUGCUCUAAAGCCCUAUGAUGCAAGGUAGUUUGACGUUGUAAUUUUCAAACCACCAUUUCUGUAUUGUUGCUGCUA